AUGGAUGGAAGAAGGGCAGACGAGGACACGUUGGACGAUGUCAAUAUCUGUAUAUUCGACUACAUGCUGUGCAUGGCCAUACAUACAGCUAUAAAUGCAACAGGGAACAACACCGGUGAGUGGGACGUGACCUGUAUAGAGGACACGACACAGAGUAAACAGCUAAAACUUCGACAUCCAGUGCUCAAGUCUAUACUCCCGCCAAGUCAAAUGUUGCCAGUGGCUAUUAGAAUGAAAGUCCAGGUUCUGGAAAUGAUCAAAAUGCUCAACUCGGCAGUUCAGAUAGAGCCGAAUGUACUGGUGGAAAUGGUCAGCAUGCUCGUGUCCACCUGCAAUGUCCCGGGCAUGGAAGUAAUAAAACAGCGUGCGGCCGAUAUCGCAAUUCAGCUCUGCAUACACGCCAUUUUUCGAACCGGACCGACAACCCUCCUUCAUGGCCUAGUCGAUAUCAUGCGAAUGCUGGAACCUCCGAUACUCCUACAACUCGAAAGAGGGAAGCUCGAGGGCCUAAGCCGCGCUGAAACACAGCAACUGAAGCAAAAAAUAGGCUUGGACUGA